AUGGGGAGAGGACCAGAAAAGUGUGGUUACAAAUUUGUAAUCAUUGAGGAGUGCCCAGAAAAAUCUGAUAAAGAUGCUACUGAUGAUCAGGUUAAGGCCUAUGACAAGUGGGUCAAGGUUAAUAAGAUGGCGCGAUGUUACAUUCUUGCCUGCAUGGUGAAUGUUUUGCAACAUCAGCAUCAGUCUAUAGGGUCUGCUUAUGACAUGCUCGAAAGUCUCAAAGAGAUGUUCGGUGAGAAAAAUCAUGCAGCUAAGCAGACAGACAUGAAAGCCCUUUUGAACACCAAGAUAGCUGAAGGAUCAUCGGUCAGGGACCAUGUUCUGAAGAUGAUGGGUCUUCUGAAUGGAUUGGAGGUCCUUGGAGCUUUGAUUGAUAAGGAAUAUAAAGUUGAGAUGGUCCUGCAGAUUCUGCCUGACAAUUUUUAA